AUGGUGGUGAUCAAGGACAUCGUUGCACGCGAGAUUCUGGAUUCCCGCGGCAACCCAACAAUCGAAGUUGAUCUGUCAACUGAAGGAGGUGUCUUCCGAGCGGCGGUACCUAGUGGAGCCUCUACGGGUAUUUACGAGGCUCUGGAGAUGCGCGAUAAAGACCCAAAACGAUAUUUGGGAAAAGGCGUGUUGAAGGCUGUAGAGAUCGUCCAAAAGGAAAUAAAGCCCUAUUUGUUGGGAAAAGACCCAUGCGACCAAAAAGGCAUCGAUAUGCUUAUGGUGGAGCAGCUGGACGGAACAAAGAAUGAGUGGGGUUACUCAAAGUCAAAGCUAGGAGCAAAUGCCAUCUUGGGCAUAUCAAUAGCAUGCUGCCGAGCGGGAGCCGCAGCAAAAGGCCUACCGCUAUACAAGUACAUUGCUACACUGGCAGGCAAACCGAUCGAUAAGAUGGUUAUGCCUGUACCGUUUUUCAACGUUAUCAAUGGCGGUGAACAUGCAGGCAAUGGUCUGGCUCUUCAAGAAUUCCUAAUUGCUCCUGUUGGUGCUCCGAGCUUCCGAGAGGCGAUCCGUUAUGGAUCGGAGACAUACCACCACCUGAAAACGGUUAUAAAGCGCAAAUAUGGUUUAGACGCAACGAAUGUGGGUGAUGAGGGCGGCUUUGCACCUAACGUAGCCACUGCUGAAGAGGCCCUGAAUCUUCUUGUGGAAGCUAUCAACGCUGCGGGGUAUGAGGGUAAGAUCAAGAUCGCAUUCGACUCUGCUGCCUCAGAGUUCUACGCAAAAGAGGAAAAGAAGUAUGACUUAGACUAUAAAAGCAAAAACAAGAGUACCUCUAUGCAUCUAACGGGUGCCAAGCUGAAGGAAGUGUACGAGGGGUGGCUGAAGAAGUACCCCAUCAUCUCAGUCGAAGACCCUUUCGACCAAGAUGACUUUGCAAGUUUCGCAGCGUUUACAAAAGAUGUGGGGGAGAAAACACAGGUUAUAGGCGACGAUAUUCUCGUAACAAAUAUUCUUCGAAUCGAAAAAGCACUCAAGGACAAGGCAUGUAACUGUCUGUUACUCAAAGUAAACCAAAUUGGCUCCGUAACCGAGGCAAUUGAGGCUUGCCUCCUCGCUCAAAAAAGCGGUUGGGGAGUUCAGGUUUCCCAUAGGUCAGGAGAAACAGAGGAUUCCUUUAUUGCCGACCUCGUUGUGGGGCUUCGAUGUGGCCAGAUCAAGAGUGGCUCACCGUGCAGAUCGGAAAGACUGUGCAAGUACAAUCAGCUAUUGCGGAUUGAGGAGUCCCUCGGAUCAGACUGUGCAUACGCAGGAGAGAGCUUCCGGUACCCAAAAUGA